AUGGAGUUCACUUUCACCGUGGUGGCCUUUCUCGUUACAGCCGGCUCCGCUGUCCUGCUGCACUUGAGCAUGCGCUUGAAGAGCAAAGCGGCGGAAGCAGCAGGGGCUGACCGUAGUGCAAGCUCGGCAUGUCUUUCACUCCUGCGAGUUGCCGCUGGUCCUUUUUCCGAUGGACUCCUCUUCAUGGUUGUGAUCGUGAUUGGAGUAUUGGUUUGGACGUCUGGCGGCGAGGCCGGCAAGAUUGCCGGUGCACCACUCGCUUGGGGUCUGCUGGCGCUGCACUUGUCAUGCGCAUGGUUGUCCCGGCAUGUCGAAAAGACAUGUUGGAGAGCAUGCAGUGUUGGAUUAUUUUGGCAUCUUUUGGUGAUCACAUGCAUGGUCAGCAUGGUCCUUCCAUGUGGCAGUGAUGGAGAUGUUCUCGGCUCAACUUGUUUAAGCCUCUUGCUUGUUCCUUGCAGUGCAAUGCUGCUGGACUACAAGAGCACUGUGCUGUUAAGCCUGGUGAGCACUGGGACGGCAGCCUGCUGUCACGUGUCCACCUGGGCAAGGCCUUCCGGGCCUGGAGGGUCCGGAGGGCCUAGGAGUUCCAGCUUCGAUUCUUUGGUGCUUGCCUUGAUCUUGGAUGCUAUGACAUUCUUUGCAGCCUUUGCCGCCGCAUCUGCUCUCCACUUCUGGCAACGUAAUGCUGUCCGCGAGUCUGCCAUGCUUCGGGUGCUAGCGGUUCUUUCCGAUGCACAAGUCAUGCUGGACUCCAAGCUGUUAAUCCUUGACCCCAGUGCGAAGUUCUGUGACAUUGUGCGCAUGGAUGCGUCAGAUGUAAAGGCUUUGCAGGCGUUGUCAUUUCUCAGUUUUCUGCACGACGAAGAAGAGCAACUCAAGUUCAAGACUUUCCUUCAGAAGUCUUGUGCAGGGAGCCAGGUAUCACCAGCGGCCGCUAUCCAUCUCUCUAUGCGAGAUGCGGCCAACAAGCGUAUUUUGGUUGAAGUGUUCCACUCUCCAGCCGGCAAAGACAAUCAUUUGCUCGUGCUGCGAGAAGUCAGCAGCCACUUGCGUGUGGAUGCAUCGGGCAUGCCCACAGGCCUCGAUGUGCUUCCAGCUGUUCCCGACAUUCAGAGCACGAACAGUGGUUUCUCCAGGACUGUGACGGCCAGCGACGUCUCGUGCUCGACUGUGAGGGACCUGCCCGAAUUCGCGAAGCUUGUCCUAGAUGUAGACGUUUCGACCCGAAGGCUUGCAGUCAAGACUGCAACGCUGAACUUCUCAGAUGAGGGUGACCUUCUGUCCUUCGUGGACUAUUUGGAACCUCGUGUUCGACGGCCAUUUACAGAGUGGCUGAGGAUGCAGGCUGCCCAACAGACCAUCAAGGAGCCUCAUGUGCCGGAGAAUUCGAACGUCUUUGGCAGGCCGCUUGACUUCCGAGUUUCUGGCACAUCCAGUCGGAUGAAAUCCAUGCAAGUUCGCUGUGUGGGCCGAACAGGUCCAGAAAGUCAGGAUGAAAGUGGCAGUGAGGCAGUACAGACUCGCGCUAGCACUCACGAUGAGACCAAUGGAGAAAGCGAUUCGGAGCUGGAUGCUUUGCAACGACUCGUUGAUACAGGCUUGGCGGACUUCGAGAGCCUUGAGGAGCUACUCGCAACUCAGGAGGAAGCCUUGGCAAGACGCUGCCAUGAGGUGCAGGCAAGGAUUGAAUCCUUGAAGGCACCGCAACCAACUUGGACAAGGAUUGAGCUUGAACAGUUCGUGCAACAGAGAUAG